UCGUCACCAUGGCGACAGCAUCACAACACGCGCGCCAUUCCGCGUUCAAUGUCGAAACGCUAAAUAUUAAAUAAAAUCUGUAUUUAUUAUUACACUAAAACGAUGUUGGGGUCGAGACACGGCGUGUCCCGGCAGGGAGGUUUCAAGCCGCCCAGGACUGCCGUGGUUAUCGACGAUGAAGACGAAUUAUAUAAAGGAUUCAACGAGGUGUCCCCGGCUCUGGACACCAAGACCCUCCGAGAGGAUCAGGUGUUCCAGCAGACCAUGCGAACGGCCAACGUAGGAAGGCAGGCCGCGAGCAGGAUGGGCACUGGCAUGUUCCGCGUGGGGACGGUGAGUGUGCGCGGCGCCCGGACGGGUUCAGCUCGACCCGUGACGGCGCUGCGGGCCGCAGGGUACUCCUCGGGCAAGGACGCGCCCAGAGACGAGCGGAAGGAGGACACGAUUGAAGACAAAGUAAAGCAAAUGGAAGCGAAGAUCAUGAUCCUGGUCGAGGAAUCGUGCGUGCUGGUCGCCAGGAGAGACACGGACGACGAGAACGACAGCACGAGAGAACAAAAUUUAAGUCAGGCGUUAGCGAAAGCACAAGAAGCAUCAACCCUGGAGAGACAGUUGAUUAGAAUGCAGGAGCAAGCCAAUUUGGGCGACACGCAUAAUUUGGAUUUGACGUUUGCCGUACUUUGUAAUCUGGCCGACCAGUACGCCCUCAAUGAAAUGUACACUGAGGCCCUUAACACUUACCAACUUCUCACCAGGAACAAACUCUUUCCUCACGCAAAUAGACUUAAGGUCAACAUGGGAAAUAUACAUUUCAAGAUGGGCGAACAUCCGAAAGCAUUGAAACUUUAUCGAAUGGCUCUGGACCAAACUCCUACAGCGGAGAAAGAUCUGAGAAUGAAAGUGAUGCAUAAUAUUGGUCUCCUGCUCGUGCGGAUGGGCAAGUUUCGUGAUGCUGUCACUAAUUUCCAGCACAUCAUGCAAGAGCAGGGCGACUUUCAGACGGGUCUUCACUUGGUGCUGUGCUCGGUCGCUCUGGACGAUGCCGAGGGUGGGAAGGCAGCUUUCCACGCCAUGUUGGACGUGGAGCCUCCGACGUAUCAUCACGACAUUGCUAUAGAUGAUGAGAACGAUCCUUACGAGUGUGUGGUCCGGGACGUGGUGCGAGGUGAUCGUCUGUCGAGAUGGUCCCGCGCAGCCUCCGCCCUCGCCGAGCGCUGUCUGGCGCUGGCCGCCGCCGCCCUCGCACGGGACGAAGACGCUGGGGGCACGUCAUGGUGUGUAGAAGCACUUCGAGGCUAUUCUGGCGGCAGUGCGGGCGCGCGGCUGGAGUUAGGCAGCGCCCUGGCUGCGCUGCGCAGCGCCGCCGGGACCGCUAGCACCGGGGCCGGCUCCGGGUCCACGGGCGCCAUGGCCGCUGGAACCAGAGCGCUACAGCGGCUGAAGGCGGUGGCAAGAGCGCAUCCCAACGAUCGUGUGUUGCGAGCCGAAGCGAACGCCGAUGCUGCCUUCGUAGCAUACGCGUUGGGCAAGUAUUCUGAGGCGAGAACUCUGAGCGAGGCGGCAUCCCGGGAUGAUCCGUAUGGUUGCGCCGCUCGGGUAACUCACGCUCUGUCCGCGAUGGCGCCUGCCAGCCCGGCUCCGGGCGGCGUCCGACCUCCCUCCACGGCCUCUGACCCUGUGGUGCUGGCGGAGGCCACUGCGAGCCUCUCAGCCGCUACACAUCUCGAUCCUACCGAUCUCAUUGCUCUGCAUGACUCAGCACUAGCUUUGGAAAUGGCGGGAGAAGAGAAGAGCGCUGAGGCUCGCUGGCAGCGUAUCCGCAGCGCGGCGACGGCGGGCGGCACGCUGAGGGGACUCGCCGCGGCCGGACUGGCGCGACUGGCGAGGAACAGGGGUGACGCCUCGGCCGCAGAGCAUUGGUACGGCGUGAUAGGCAGUUGGGACGCCAGCGUCACUCUCGCGCUGGCGGAGCUGCACGCGGAGGCGGGAGAUCCGCAGACCGCCCAGCAUCAUUACCAGCAUGUGGAGGCGGCGUGGCCGGGGGAGGAGGCGGCGCUCCGCUGGCUGGCCCGCGGACCUCCCUCCUCGUCUCUUCCGUACUUGAGACGCGCCGCGCGGCUCCAGCCCGGACACCCCGAGUGGGGUCUUCUGAUGGGCGAGUGCCUCCGCGCCAAUGGACAGUACCAGGAGGCGCUCACUGUUUAUAAAAAGCUCAACGCCAGAUUCCCUGAUAACGUCGAAUGUCUAAAGCUGCUAGUGAAGCUGUGCGGUGCGCAAGGCCUGGAGGAGGCGGCCGUGUGGCGGAGACAGCUGCGAGGGGUUCUGGCGCGGGCUCAGGGAGAAACGAGGGGCUUGUCGGCGGCGAGCGCGUCUUCGGCCGAGGACCGCGGCAGAGCAGCCACCGAUGCCGUCGGUGACGCCGGCUCCGAGACUCGCGGCGGCCGGGCCUCGGCGGAGCGGGCCCCGGGCCGGGCCGGCGGCGCGGGGAGGAGGACGGAGGAGGAGGAGCUGCCGCUGCCACCGGAGUGACCGGCAAUGAUAACCACCAGCGACGCUUCCCCUAUAAGUCGCUCGUAUACAUGCUUAAGAACCUGCAGUGAUGAGAGUAGUAUCAUGAACGAAGAAAUGGAUUAAUCACCAGCAACAGUUUAUAAAUGUCCCUAAUCCGGCGACGAGAAACAAUACGAGACCUCAUGCGACUCGAAGCAAUGUAAAGAUAGGCUCUGAAAACGCGACUCGCUUGUGAUUAGAUUUAAAAAGAGGAAGAAAAUAACCAAAAGUAGGAUCUAGCGUCCAGUGUUGUCAAGUGUACAUAUAUGGAGUUUUUUCCAGUCCCCAGAAAGUUGCUAACAGUUAAAUGAGUAUCAAACCGCUUUGUAUUAUUAUAUAUGUAAAUAUAACGAUUACUAAAUA